ACUAUGCAGCCUUAUUUUAAACUUUUCGGUAUAGGUUCUAUUCGGCAUCAUAUUUUGAUUGGUAAUUUUCUUACGAAAAUUUACGAUCAUUUUACCUGUUUCCGAACGGUAUAUUACGCUACAUUUCAUACCUGUACGGAAAAUGACGGAAAUAUUUCCGGAAAAGUGCGAAGUCGAUGAUCAGACUGUGACGUCACAGUCGUGAAUCCAAAAUGUCUGACAGCGAGAAUUACACAACUGACGGAGAUGAAUCGAUUGAUUUUUCGGAUACUAGCUCGUAUGACGCUGAAAAUAACAUUGUUCCAUAUCAGUUUGAACCAUUAAAUAGGGAUGAUUUAAUUGAAGACGACAUUAAUCGUCUAGAUCUUCACGACGGAGAUGAUGGAAAUCGAAUUGGCAACACGAACUGGUGCAGAUGCAAUAGCUGUAUUGCUAUGCAUACAGAGCGGGAAUCGGUAUGCUGCCGUGAUGUUGAACAAACAAACUUCAAACUGGAUGUGUUCAAUGAAGAAGCCCAUGACAUUGAAUGUAUAACAGACCACCCCGGGUUUGGCACUGUUUGCCUGGACCGCUAUGUGCUAGAGACUGCAUACUACCAGUACAGACAGCAGUAUGGAGUGCCGCAACAGGAAGAUAAUGAGCAACAGAGAUAUGUGGCAUAUCGCCAGUUUGUCAGAUGGUGUUGGGGAUAUUUGGGAAGAGAGGUGCGUGUUGUACUUCCAUCAUGUGCAGUUCAAAGGAUUAGGGCGCAGUUUCCAUCACAGCAGUAUGAGGGAUUUCAGGACUUAUAGGCAGUCAUGACAGAUGUUUGCGACAUAUUGUUUGCUACUUAUGUGUCAGAUUUCAAUUUUACUAUUCCAAUAUUUUACCACAAGUGUUUUGUGUUUUUUGUGAUGAAUCAAUUGAAAUAAAAUGUUUGACAGGUUG